AUGGCCACCGGACUGGGGACUGCUGACAUUUAUGAAAAAGUGGCGACAUUAUUGAAGAAUGGACAUCUCAGAGAAUUCUUAAGUGAUCGAGCCAAGAACAACUAUGGUCGCAACCUGGAUCCAGGAAAUUCGGCCAAUAUCAUACAAUGGAGCAUACUGGAACAAGCUAAACUCAUCGGAAGCAUCAUUCCGGCCACAAAACUCCUCGCCGAAUUCAACCUUGCAAGCGUGACGACCCGAGGAGAGAUCUUGCUGCCCACGAAUGAUGAAGGAGUGACGAAGAUGACUCCUUUUGAAGUGGUAGAUGGUGAUAUGGGAUAUAAUAUUAUUUUGGGAAGACCAUGGUUGCACGAGAUGAGAGCUGUACCAUCAACGUAUCACCAGUUGCUGAAAUUCCCAAUGCGUGAAGGAAUCAAAUAG